AUGCGAGUGAAUAACCUUCGGGAGAUUACAUCACAGUCAUUCAAGGGUUUAAUGAUGCUUGAGGAGCUUUAUUUAAGUGAGAAUGCCAUUUUUGAUAUUGAACGUGACUCAUUCCGGAGCAUGGAAAAUUUACACAUGAUUGAUUUGAGUGAAAAUUGUUUUUUCCGGCUGAAGCCUCACAUUUUCAUAAGAAAUUACCAUCUCAUAGACAUCUAUCUUAAUUAUAAUUAUUUAAAUGAAUUACCAAUUCUAAUGCCAUCAUCGCAAUUCAUAAGAAACUUAAACGUUACAGGAAAUAGAUUAACCAAUAUGACAUCACUUAUUUACUACACAAAUAUCCAGUCAUUAAAUUUAUCCGAAAAUAACUUUACAUCUAUAAAUAUAAGAGGUCAAAUGAUUGAUGCUGUGGAAAAGGAAAGUGAUGGUUCGUUUAUCUCCUCAAGCGAAAGCGAAGAAGAUGAUGAUUAUAAUAGGAAUAAUAAUAAAGGAAAUAUGCAACAUCGACGACAUAGAGCACCGUCCUCGUUUCAGCAUCCUGAAAAUCCAAUGAAUAGACGAAUGAAUUCAAACAUUGAUGAUCGUCUUUCUAACCCUUUACCGGAUUUAGUUGGAAUGAGAUAUAAACGUGCUGUUGCACGAACGAGCAUUGAUUUUGAGUACAAUAGUAAUAUACAAUAUCUGAUGGACAUUUUCCGACCGGGCAGGAUAUCCGAAGAAGCUGUACAAUCUUUAAUCAAAAUUUCAUUGAACGAAAAUGUGUCGGAAAACCUCAAAGUUAUGAUAGAUGUUGCAAUUGACUAUUAUAAAAAUCAGAAUCCGUAUCAAUUUCGUCAUGAAAUAUCGAAAAUUAAUGACAAUGAAGAAGGUAAUGAAAAAUUUACUGUGGCUUCGUUUGUCUACUUUUUAAGAAAUUCAAUCAGAAGCCAGACGAGAAGAAUGUCACGUAAUGUGAAUGAACGUUUACAUUUGCAAUUGUCAUAUCAACAAUUGGAACAAUUAUAUAAAUACAGCAGAAUAAAUCAAAUGGAAUAUUUUACAUGUCGAAAUUGUUCAUUGCAUUCAAUUGAUUUUCUGGUGCAAUUUACUAAAUUGAAAUAUGUUGAUGUCAGUAACAACAUGAUAAAAUCUGUCGAUUGUAAGCAGCUUGUCUCACUUAAGCAAUUGGAAUAUUUACUUGCAUCUGACAAUAAUAUUGUGUCUUUAAAUUUUACAUCCAUGCUAAAGACCUGGUCAAAGCUUCAUGUUCUGAAUCUCAAUAAUAAUCCUGAAUUGAGUUGUGACCUAGUUAGAAAAAUGCAAAAUUCUGCUUACUAUCUGUAUAAAGUGUUUAAAUUGCAAGUCAAUAAAUUGAUACUGGCUACGCUGUUGACAGGACUUAUCGCCAUAGCUUACAAGUUGAUAUUUGAUUACGAAUAUAUACCGAAUCUUGUGUCGAUUGAUGUUAUAAAGGAUAGAUAUUAUGACUUUAUAAUUAUAGGAUCGGGAACGUCAGGAAGCGUUUUAGCUUAUGAGUUAUCAAAGCACUCAAAUUAUACGGUAUUACUAAUUGAAGCGGGUGGAAUUUUUAAUGGAUUAUCGAUUAUUCCUAUAUUGAGUACAAUGAUGCAAGGCACUGAAAUGGAUUGGCAAUUAAAAUCAGCACCACAAUUAUAUUCAUCGCGUGGCUUAAAAAAUGAACAGCAAUGUUUGUCUCGAGGAAAAGGAGUGGGUGGAUCAAAUCAAUUAAAUUACUUGUUGCAUUUCAGCGGCAUUCCUGGAGAUUUUGAUGAAUGGCGUAAAGCAGGUGCUGUCAAUUGGAGUUAUGAUAAUUUGAAAUGCUACUUACACCGCCAUGAAAUGAAUGAUAAUGGAAAAUGUGAAAAUGACAGCGAUUCACCAAAGCUUUCCAUUGUAGAAAUGGAGAAUGAAUCACCAUUGACUCGUGCUUUUACAAAAGCAAAAAAAGAAUUGAAGGCAAAUUUCAACCCAAAUGUUACAUUGAAUCUGUCAAAGUUUACAACACGGAAGGGCGUUCGACAUACAGUUUUUCAUGAAUAUCUACGACGUGCAUAUAAGCAUAAAAAUCUCUCAAUUGUCGUACACGCGAGAGUUGAGAAAAUUGAAUUUAAUGAAAACAAAGAAGCGAUAUCCGUUAAAAUUGUAACACAGUCUCAAGUGACACGAGUUAAUGUGCGAAAGGAAGUGAUUCUGGCUGCGGGAACAUUUCAUUCACCACACAUUCUAAAGCGCUCGGGAAUUGGUGACAAAAAUGAAUUGAAAAAGUUUGGAAUCGAUUUAAUUCAUGAUUCACAGGCAGUAGGUGAAAAUUUAUUCGAUCACAUGAAUUUCCCAUUGUUUGUGUCCAUCACUGAAUCGGCUACUGUCACAAAGGAUAAAAUUCUAAGUGCCCGUGAGAUUUAUCGAUAUCUGGUUGAUGGUGCUGGCAUUUUGUCGACAACAGCUGUUAUUGGUUCCGGUAGAUUGAACGAUUACGGUCUGAUACUCUUUGGAACAGGAAGUGCUGACGAGAAGACAUUGAAGCAUGUUGCAAAUUUUAAGACAGAUGUAUUUCGUGCUUUCUUUCCACUUUAUGCUAACUCAAGUCAAGAAGGUUUUAUUGCUCUAAGUACAUGCUAUAUGCCAAAGAGUCGAGGAAGGAUUAUGUUAAAUCCAAAAACUUUCGGAAAUGAUUUUUUGAUUGAUCCGCAAUAUUUGAAAGAGGAUUAUGAUAUUGAGUGUAUGAUAAAUGCUAUCAGAUUAAAUAUAAGAUUGAUUAAGUCAGAUGCUUUUCAAGCAAUUGGAGCAACAAUCCAUUUUCCAAAGUUAAGGCAAUGUCAAAACUUUGGGCCUUUUGAUGAACCCAAUUUUGAGCCAAGUGAUCGAUAUCUUGAGUGCUUAUUAAGACAUGCUGCUUUGACAGCUCAUCAUCCAGGUGGAACUUGUGCUAUCGGCAGUGUUGUUGAUAAUGAUUUGAAUGUGAUUGGUGUAAAAAAGUUAAGGGUUAUUGAUGGAAGUGUUUUUCCUUUGCCACUUUCUGGCUAUCCGAAUUCAGCAAUAGUUGCGGUGGCAGAAAGAGCUUCAAAACUAAUUUUGAAUGGAGAGCUGAAAAAUAAUUAAGUUAAUUUUAAAGUUUAUGUGCUUUAAUGUUUUUAAAUUAAUUUUUUUAAAAUGAAAGAGUCAUUUGCUUUUGAUAUCCAAAAGGCUUUACGUCCUAACAAUGACUCAAAAAUAGAAGAAUCUUUAGAAAUUAUAAGUGAGCCGGUAACUUAGUUGUCGUUUUCUUAUUUUGUUAUUUUUAAGUCAUUGUAUUUAAUUAUUAUGGCUUCCUUAACAAAUAAAAAAUAAAUGUCAC